UCCCUGGUAUUCCCAUCCCUGCUGCUGUUAUUCCCAUCCAUGCUGCCCUCAUUGUCAUCUCCCUCUCUACUGGCCCCAUUUAAGUCUGCUCUUCAUCCUCCUGCAGACCAUGGAUGCCAUAACAUUCUUUUUAAUGCUCCUGGAAAGCCUCAUCCAGUACGUGCAGCCUGUGGGUGAUGUUUUGGAUGAGGAAAAACAUCUGCGCAUGGAGCUGCGUGCAAAGCGCUUGGAGCGGAAGAGAAUUCGGCUGGAGCAGCAGGUGGAGCAGCUCACCCUGAAGCAGAGUGGAGGGGCCUGGGGAGACCUGCUCUGCUUUGUUUUGCAGCCCUGGCAGGUCUGGGCUGUUACUGGGCUCCUCAUCGUUCUCUUCGGACUGUAUUUUUCCUGGAGGAAAAGGAGAGAUGAGGCAGAGGACAGCAGCGAGGGAGACGAAGACCAUGUUUCUGACAAUUAUUUGAGAUGGCUUCUAGACGAGUGUAUACAGUGGCCAGUACAGGACCUGAAGAGAGGCUGCGAGCGGACAAUAGACCUGAUGGACAAUUAUACUGUUUAUUUUGGACACGUCCUGUCAAACAGUUUCUACCCAGUCCUGGAACAAGCCAUCGGGGUGGGCAGUGCCUUUGAAGGCUGGAGUCCCCGUGAGCAGGAUGUCGUGUACCGCGUGCUCAUACCCAUGACUCCUCCCCGAGGCCACAGCUUCCACCUGGAGCUGGACAGUGCAGGGCAGAGGCAGGUGAGGAACUUCCGUGUCCGCGUGCAGCUGGAGUGCACCUGCACGGGGGAGCAGCAGGCUGAGGACAUGCUCUGCUUCCUGCACCACCCCAAGGAGGAGCUGAGGAGGAAUCAGGAUCCCAGCCUCCUGGACACCCUGUGCACCGGCUCCUACCUCGAUGUGCAGAAAACUGCCCGCUGGUUCUACCAGCUGGUGAGAGCAAUCUGGCCAGCUUUGCCUCAGUCACACAACUGGCAUUUAGUGCUGCUGCCCUCCACACGCUCCUGCCAAUUCAAAGUGACCAAGAGAGAAGCAAGCUUCAGGAUUGAGAUGCUGUUUGGGGUGCGGAGAGGUGACUCUGAUAUCUUUGUCAGCAGCCAGCCAGGAUAUGCCGGAACCCCAAGCAUUCUGUGGCCAGAGACCUAUGAUGUGGCAGAGAUGAAGUUCUUCAAGCACAUUGCCAGGCAGGCCCCCCCUGACAGCUUGCACCUGAGAUGCCUGCAGCUCUUCUCCCGUCUUCAGCUGGGCACAGGCUUUUCCACCUAUACACUGAAGACCAUUGUCAUGCACCUCCUGAACACCAUUCCCGUGUCACGAUGGCGCAGGAGGUAUUUUUUUCGGCGCCUUCGAGAUAUCAAUGGAAAUCUGCGCUGCUGCCUGGAGGAGAAAUGCCUUAAGCACUUUAUCAUAGGCAACAAGAGAUUGCCUCAGGAGAUCAGCUUGCCUCUGGACAUUGCAUUGGCUCAGCCACCCAAUCUCUUCCAACAUCUGGCAUGGUAUCCAGUUGCCCACUCCCAGGCGAUGAGUGAGUACCAGGAUCUUCGGCGUCGGCUUGCAAAUGUGCUGCUCAAUGGCUUCUGAAAGAGGGGCUCAUUAACAGAGCUGUGUUUGUGGGCCUCCCAGGCAGUAACAUCGUAGAAAACCAGCUCAUAGUGCCAAGAAAAAGAGAAAAGAAUGUGGGAUACAGAGAGAGAGAAGGUUAAAUGCCGUGCAGCAGCCCUCUGCCAUCAGCAGCAGCAGCUGUGUCAUCUCGACAGUCUCCCACAGCAUCCACAGUGAUGACUGCCAUGUGGAGGCCCAGAGAAGCUGACUUCCAUUGCAGGGUAGAUUGUGGUGAUGCACUCCCCCUGCCCUUGGCUGCACUACAGUCUGAGAAACACUCAUUAGGCCUUGGCCUUGACAAACUCCAUUUGUACGAAGCCCCUUUUGAAUGUAUCAGAAACAUUAUUUGUUCCCAGGAACUAACAGGUGUCUAAUUAGCACCCUUUUUUUUUAAGGAACAUCCUUGGAAACUUUUCCUUCCUGACUUAUUUUUCUUUCCUGACUUUUUCUGACUAAGAACCCAAGUGGAAUAAUAUUUUUGUUGACAAACUUUCAAAUAAAGAUACAGAGAAAAGACCUGAAUGAUGGAAAAUUACUAUGACUAAAGCCCACUCUGUUGCGACUGUAAAGCAGUCCAAAGUGAGACCUUUUGAGCUCUUGAUUCCAGAAUACAAGGGACCAAUGUGUGUGUCUCUAACACUGAUAAUUAGAUGGUAGUGGAGUCAACCAGGGACUGUUGGUAAGAUCCAAGGACUGCUGGUAUUAACGUGCUGUGAGAAGACCAGUAUUUGGCUGGAAAAGAAGGGACAGGAGGAAAUAGGGCAGCACUCUUCUGUGAGAAAGAGCCACAGCACAGUACAGCAUAAGCACAAGAAUAAGGCCAAGAAGAAGGCAUGGACUAUAGAGUAGGAUUAAGACCCCCAAAAACCAUCAAAGCCAUCUGACCCAUGUCCAGGAAGGCCUGAAAGAAAGGACUGUACAUGCUAGUUAAUUGACAUAGAAAAUGGGGAACCUGCCUUUAGGGCCUGUCAAUAAAAGGGUAACCCCCAAGCCUGGGACGUGCCCUCAGGACCCUGGGCAUCUCAUAUACCAGAUCAGCACAGCUGGAUUGAUGCUGAACCCAGGAUUAUCACCUGGAUUGGCACUGCAGCCAGGAUUGACAUUCCACUAACUGGAUCAACACUGUAAGCAGGACUGGUGUUCUUUUUUUCUCUCUCUUUUCUUCUUUAUCUUUUUUCUUUUUCUCUUUCUUUAAUUCAUCUCUCCCUCUUUAAUUCCUCUCUUCCCUUUAACCCUACCCCUUUAUCCAAAACCCACUGCCUUGUGCUUAUAUAGUAGGUCAGGGACUAACAUAUUGC